CUGGCCUGGAGCCCAUGGUCCCUGUGGAUCCCACAGGAUUCCAGAGCUGGGGAGAACCCAACACAACACUGCUGACCUCCCGUGCACCCACAGAGUUGGAGUCUGCAGCCUCCCAAACUCCAGAAAAUCCGUCGGGGUGAGAGACCCCAGAGAUGUCGUGACUGCAGGAGACGGUUUACCGACAGCUUGGAUCUGGUCCAAUGGUGACAACAUCACACAGGCACCAUGUCCUACACCUGCCCUGACUGCGGGAAAGGUUUUAACAGGAGAUCAGCUUUCAUCAAGCAUCAACGUGUCCAUACGGUUGAGAAACCCUUUAAAUGUUCCGAGUGUGGGAAGGAGUUUACUCAGAGUUCCCAUUUAUCACAGCAUCAUCACAUUCAUACAGGAGAGAAACCCUAUAAAUGUUUUGAGUGUGGGAAGGAGUUUACCCAGAGUUUCUCUUUAUCACGUCAUCACCACAACCAUACAGGAGAGAGACCCUGUAAGUGUCUGGAGUGUGGGAAGGUUUUUUCUUGGAGUUCCAAUUUAUCACGUCAUCACUGCAUCCACACAGGAGAGAAGUUGUAUCCCUGCACUCACUGUGGGAAAGCCCUCAGCAAUAGCACCUCUUGCUAAUUCCCAGCCAUCUGGAAUUUCACCCAACACCUACGAAUCCAUACAGGUGAACAUCCCUACGAGUGUCCUGAAUGUGGGAAGAGCUUUGUCAGGAGCUCUGAUCUCAUCAGGCAUCGUCUCUUCCACACAGGAGAGUAACCCUACUCGUGUCCCCACUGCUGCAAGAGCUUCAGGCGAAGCUCCCAUUUGCUGAAUCAUCAGCGACUCCAUAGGGGUGAGAAACCCUUUAAAUGUUCCGAGUGUGGGAAGGAGUUUUCCCAGAGUUCUGAUUUAUCACGGCAUCACCGCAUCCACACAGAAGAGAAACCCUAUAAGUGUCUGGAGUGUGGGAAAGAGUUUACCCAGAGUUCCAGUUUAUCAAAACAUUGCCGCAUCCACACGGGAGACAAACCCUAUAAGUGUCUGGAGUGUGGGAAGGAGUUUUCCCAGAGUUCUGAUUUAUCGCGGCAUCACCGCAUCCACACGGGAGAGAGACCCUAUAAGUGUCUGGAAUGUGGGAAGGAGUUUACCCAGAGUUCUGAUUUAUCGCGGCAUCACCGCAUCCACACGGAAGAGAGACCCUAUAAGUGUCUGGAGUGUGGGAAGGAGUUUACCCAGAGUUCCAGUUUAUCACAGCAUCACCACAUCCAUACAGGAGAGAAGGGCGAACGUCCCUACAAGUGUCCCGAAUGUGGGAAGAGCUUUACCAGGAGCUCUCAUGUCAUCAGGCAUCAUCUCAUCCACACAGGAGAGAAACCCUACUCAUGUUCCCACUGCUCCAAGAGCUUCAGGCACCAUUCCAGUUUAUCACGGCAUCGCCGCAUCCACAUGGGAGAGAGACCCUGUGAGUGUCUGGAGUGUGGGAAGGAGUUUACCCGGAGUUCCCAUUUAUCACGGCAUCACCGCAUCCACACGGGAGAGAGACCCUAUAAGUGUCUGGAGUGUGGGAAGGAGUUUACCCAGAAUUCCCAUUUAUCACAGCAUCACGGCAUCCAUACAGGAGGGAGACCCUAUAAAUGUCUGGAGUGUGGGAAGGAGUUUACCCGGACUUCUAGUUUAUCACAUCACUGCAUCCAUACAGGAGAGAAGUUGUAUCCGUGCACUCACUGUGGGAAAGCUCUCAGCAGUAGCACCUCUUGGAUUAAUCACCAACAUGUCCACACUGAGGAAAAACCCUCUACGUGUACCCCAUGUGGGAAGGGCUUCACAGCCAGCUCGAGUCUCACCCGACACCUACGGAUCCAUAGGGGUGAACGUCCCUACAAGAGUCCUGAGUGUGGGAAGGGCUUCACAGCCAGAUCAAGUCUCACCCAACACCUACGGAUCCAUACAGGUGAACGUCUCUAUAAGUGUCCUGAGUGUGGGAAGAGCUUCAGGCAAAGCUCCCAUUUGAAGAACCAUCAAUGCUUCCAUACCAGUGAAAAACCCUACACCUGCCCUGACUGUGGGAAAGGUUUUAGCAGGAGACCAGCUUUUAUCCAGCCUCAAUGGAUGUAUACGGGUGAGAAACCCUUUAAAUGUUCUGAGUGUGGGAAGGAGUUUACCCAGAAUUCCCAUUUAUCACAGCAUCUCCGCAUCCACACGGGAGAGAGACCCUGUAAGUGUCUGGAGUGUGGGAAGGAGUUUACCCAGAGUUCCAGUUUAUCAGAGCAUCAACGGAUCCACACGGGGGAGAAAACCUAUAAAUGUUUUAUGUGUGGGAAGGAGUUUCCCCAGGGUUCCUCUUUAUCACGCUAUCACCCCAUCCAUACAGGAGAGAGAUCCUCUAAGUGUCUGGAGUGUGGGAAGGAUUUUUCCUGGUAUUCCAAUAUAUCAAAACAUCAUCGCAUCCACACAGGAGAGAAGUUGUAUCCCUGCACUCACUGUGGGAAGGUCUUCAGCAUCAGCACCUCCUGGAUUCGUCACCAGCAUGUCCACACUGAGGAAAAACCCUACACGUGUCCCCAGUGUGGGAAGGGCUUCCCAGCCAGCUGGGGUCUCACCCAACACCUACGGAUCCAUACGGAUGAACGUCCCUGCAAGUGUCCGGACUGUGGGAAGAGCUUUGCCAGGAGCUCUGAUCUCAUCAGGCAUCAUCUCUUCCACACAGGAGAGAAACCCUACUCGUGUCCCCACUUCUUCAAGAGCUUCAGGCGAAGCUCCCAUUUGCUGAAUCAUCAGCACCUCCAUAGGGGUGAUCGACCCCAAAGCUGCUGAGUUUUUUCCAGAGCUAUGAUCUCAUCUCUCAUCACCAGACCCACCAGGCCACUGCUUUUUCCAAGCUUUAGAGUUUCCAGGCUUCCACAUCUUUAGAUUCUUUGAAAGCAAACAAGGUAAAAGAAGGAAGUGAUUAUCAUGAUGACACACUUAUCAGGGGAGGUUUCUGAAUGGGCUCAAGUCUAUCUCUUUGUUUAGCUAGGGAACAC